AUGUACGUGCGACGACAAAAGGAACACGCCUGGAUUCAUAUGGUUACGCUGCUUUGUCUUUGUGCCUGCUCUGCCUCUCAGAUAUCCUACUCCAUCUCCGAGGAGGUGAACAAAGGCACCGUAGUUGGGAAUAUCGCAAAGGAUUUGAACCUCAAUGUACAGGACUUACAAAACAGAGAUAUCCAAAUCGUAUCGGGCUACAAGAAGAAAUAUUUUGAUGUGAAUUUGCGGACCGGGAACAUAUUUGUUGACGAAAGAAUAGACCGAGAAGAGUUUUGUCCAAAUACGGUAAAAUGCUCCUUGAAAUUACAGGCUGUUCUUAACAAUCCUAUGACUGCACAUCGUAUUGAAGUGAAUGUUUUAGAUAUAAAUGAUAACUCUCCUGUUUUCAUUGAGCAAUCGCAUCUAUUUAAUAUCACCGAAUCAUUAUCACCAGGAGAGCGAUAUCUUCUACCAAUAGCAGAAGAUGCGGACAUAGGAAGCAAUUCAGUCAAGACUUACAAGCUGAGCCAAAACGAACAUUUCUCGCUUGAUGUGCAGAGCGGAGGAGACCACGGUGUGUCUGCUGAGUUAGUGCUGCAGAAAGCUUUAGACCGAGAGAAACAGCCAGUUAUUACCCUCGUCCUGACAGCUGUAGACGGAGGUAAACCUCCCAGAUCAGGAACAUUGCUGUUAACUAUUAAUGUACUAGAUGUAAAUGACAACACACCAACAUUUAGUAAAUCGCUUUACAAGGUGCGUGUCAAAGAAAAUGCCACUCCCGGUACACUCGUAAUAAAGUUGAAUGCAACAGAUUUAGACGAAGGCAUGAACAGUCAUAUUUUGUACUCUUUGAUCAAAAGAGGAAAUACUGAUCCGUCAAAUAUCUUUGAUCUAAAUUCAGAAACGGGAGAAAUCACUGUGAAGGGUAAUCUAGAUUAUGAAGAGACGUCUGCUUAUGAAGUUAGAGUUCAAGCAACAGAUCAAGGUACCUCUCCUCGGAGUGCACAUGCUAAACUGCUGAUAGAGAUAAUUGAUGUGAACGACAAUGCCCCAGAAAUAUCUGUGACGUCACUCAUGACCCCGGUAAAAGAAGACGCAGAACUGGGGACAAUCGUUGCUUUGGUUACAGUCAGUGAUAAAGACGGAGGAAACAAUGGUGUGACUAACUGUAAGGUAGUUGGGUCUGUGCCGUUUAAACUGAAGUCCAACUACAAAAAUGACUAUUCAUUAGUAGUAGACGGACCACUGGACAGAGAAAACAAUUCUAUUUACAAUGUCACCAUAACAGCCACAGAUGAAGGAAGUCCACCUCUGUCCAGUAUCAGGGUCAUUACAGUUCACGUCUCUGAUGUCAAUGAUAAUUCACCUCAAUUCAUGGAGUCAGUGAUUAAUGUUUAUGUCAAAGAAAAUAGUCUAGUAGGCUCCGUUAUUUGUACAAUCCACGCCUUUGAUCCUGAUUUGGGCAGAAAUGCAAAACUAAUUUACACACUGUUAGACAGUUCUGCAAAAAAUAUUCCGAUAUCAUCAAUGGUGAACAUCAACUCAGAGACUGGAGAUAUAAUCAGCCUGCAGUCUUUUAACUAUGAGGAGUUAAAAACCUUUCAGUUCAAAGUUCAGGCCACAGACUCUGGUGUUCCUCCGCUCAGCAGCAACGUGACUGUCAACGUUUUAAUUCUGGAUGAAAAUGACAAUAAUCCAACGAUUCUCGCGCCAUAUUCUGAGCACGGCUCCGUCAACAGUGAGAGCAUCCCAUAUUCUGCUGAAGCGGGAUACUUUGUGGCAAAGAUCAGGGCUGUAGACGCAGACUCUGGAUACAAUGCGCUGCUCUCUUAUCACCUGUCUGAGCCCAAAGGAAACAACCUCUUCAGGAUCGGAACCAGCACCGGAGAAAUCAGGACUAAGAGGAGAAUGAGUGACAAUGACCUGAAAACUCACCCCUUGCUGGUCUUGGUUUCUGAUAACGGAGAACCCUCCCUGUCAGCUACUGUGUCUAUUGACGUGGUGGUGGUGGAAAGCACAGCUGACAUCCACACUCAGUUCAGACAUGUGCCCAUAAAGGAGGACAGCUUCUCUGAUUUAAACCUGUAUCUGCUGAUCGCCAUUGUGUCGGUCUCACUCAUCUUUCUGCUCAGCCUCAUCAGUUUAAUAGCUGUCAAAUGCCACAGGACAGACGGCACCUUCAGCAGGUACAGCGCCCCAAUGAUCACCACCCACCCUGACGGGAGCUGGUCUUACUCCAAAUCUACUCAGCAGUAUGACGUGUGUUUCAGCUCAGACACGCUGAAGAGUGACGUAGUGGUUUUCCCCGCACCGUUUCCACCUGUAGAUGCUGAACUGAUCAGUAUUAACGGAGGAGACACUUUUACCAGAACUCAGACUUUACCCAACAAAGAGAAGUUAUCCUACUCGAUUUCCGAGGAGGUGAACAAAGGCACCGUUGUGGGGAACAUUGCAAAGGAUUUAAACCUCAAUGUCCAGGAACUAGAGCCCAGGGAUCUACUUCAGGCCACAGACUCUGGUGUUCCUCCGCUCAGCGGCAACGUGACUGUCAACGUUUUAAUCCUGGAUGAAAAUGACAAUAAUCCAACGAUUCUCGCGCCAUAUUCUGAGCACGGCUCCGUCAAAAGUGAGAGCAUCCCAUAUUCUGCUGAAGCGGGAUACUUUGUGGCAAAGAUCAGGGCUGUAGACGCAGACUCGGGAUACAAUGCGCUGCUCUCUUAUCACCUGUCUGAGCCCAAAGGAAACAACCUCUUCCGGAUCGGAACCAGCACCGGAGAAAUCAGGACUAAAAGGAGAAUGAGUGACAAUGACCUGAAAACUCACCCCUUGCUGGUCUUGGUUUCUGAUAACGGAGAACCCUCCCUGUCAGCUACUGUGUCUAUUGAAGUGGUGGUGGUGGAAAGCACAGCUGACAUCCACACUCAGUUCAGACAUGUGCCCAUAAAGGAGGACAGCUUCUCUGAUUUAAACCUGUAUCUGCUGAUCGCCAUUGUGUCGGUCUCACUCAUCUUUCUGCUCAGCCUCAUCAGUUUAAUAGCUGUCAAAUGCCACAGGACAGACGGCACCUUCAGCAGGUACAGCGCCCCAAUGAUCACCACCCACCCUGACGGGAGCUGGUCUUACUCCAAAUCUACUCAGCAGUAUGACGUGUGUUUCAGCUCAGACACGCUGAAGAGUGACGUAGUGGUUUUCCCCGCACCGUUUCCACCUGUAGAUGCUGAACUGAUCAGUAUUAAUGGAGGAGACACUUUUACCAGAACUCAGACUUUACCAAAUAAAGAAAAGGCCACAGACUCUGGUGUUCCUCCGCUCAGCAGCAACGUGACUGUCAACGUUUUAAUCCUGGAUGAAAAUGACAAUAAUCCAACGAUUCUCGCGCCAUAUUCUGAGCACGGCUCCGUCAACAGUGAGAGCAUCCCAUAUUCUGCUGAAGCGGGAUACUUUGUGGCAAAGAUCAGGGCUGUAGACGCAGACUCGGGAUACAAUGCGCUGCUCUCUUAUCACCUGUCUGAGCCCAAAGGAAACAACCUCUUCCGGAUCGGAACCAGCACCGGAGAAAUCAGGACUAAGAGGAGAAUGAGUGACAAUGACCUGAAAACUCACCCCUUGCUGGUCUUGGUUUCUGAUAACGGAGAACCCUCCCUGUCAGCUACUGUGUCUAUUGAAGUGGUGGUGGUCGAAAGCACAGCUGACAUCCACACUCAGUUCAGACAUGUGCCCAUAAAGGAGGACAGCUUCUCUGAUUUAAACCUGUAUCUGCUGAUCGCCAUUGUGUCGGUCUCACUCAUCUUUCUGCUCAGCCUCAUCAGUUUAAUAGCUGUCAAAUGCCACAGGACUGACGGCACCUUCAGCAGGUACAGCGCCCCAAUGAUCACCACCCACCCUGACGGGAGCUGGUCUUACUCCAAAUCUACUCAGCAGUAUGACGUGUGUUUCAGCUCAGACACGCUGAAGAGUGACGUAGUGGUUUUCCCCGCACCGUUUCCACCUGUAGAUGCUGAGCUGAUCAGCAUUAACGGAGGAGACACUUUUACCAGAACUCAGACUUUACCUAAUAAAGAAAAGUUGGUGUCGCUGGAGACCGCAAUAUUCGUGUGGCUCCGUUUCUCCACACCAGACUCCUCCUCUCCGUACGGAGCAUCGGUGCUUUGUCAGAAAAUACACAAAUGGUUAUGA